CGCAUGUAUAACAUGAUGGAGACGGAGCUGAAGCCGCCGGGCCCGCAGCAAGCUUCGGGGGGCGGCGGCGGAGGAGGCAACGCCACGGCGGCGGCGACCGGCGGCAACCAGAAGAACAGCCCGGACCGUGUCAAGAGGCCCAUGAACGCCUUCAUGGUGUGGUCCCGGGGGCAGCGGCGUAAGAUGGCCCAGGAGAACCCCAAGAUGCACAACUCGGAGAUCAGCAAGCGCCUGGGCGCCGAGUGGAAACUUUUGUCGGAGACCGAGAAGCGGCCGUUCAUCGACGAGGCCAAGCGGCUGCGCGCUCUGCACAUGAAGGAGCACCCGGAUUAUAAAUACCGGCCGCGGCGGAAAACCAAGACGCUCAUGAAGAAGGAUAAGUACACGCUUCCCGGAGGCUUGCUGGCCCCCGGCGGGAACAGCAUGGCGAGCGGGGUUGGGGUGGGCGCCGGCCUGGGUGCGGGCGUGAACCAGCGCAUGGACAGCUACGCGCACAUGAACGGCUGGAGCAACGGCAGCUACAGCAUGAUGCAGGAGCAGCUGGGCUACCCGCAGCACCCGGGCCUCAACGCUCACGGCGCCGCACAGAUGCAGCCGAUGCACCGCUACGACGUCAGCGCCCUGCAGUACAACUCCAUGACCAGCUCGCAGACCUACAUGAACGGCUCGCCCACCUACAGCAUGUCCUACUCGCAGCAGGGCACCCCCGGUAUGGCGCUGGGCUCCAUGGGCUCUGUGGUCAAGUCCGAGGCCAGUUCCAGCCCCCCCGUGGUUACCUCUUCCUCCCACUCCAGGGCGCCCUGCCAGGCCGGGGACCUCCGGGACAUGAUCAGCAUGUACCUCCCCGGCGCCGAGGUGCCGGAGCCCGCUGCGCCCAGUAGACUGCACAUGGCCCAGCACUACCAGAGCGGCCCGGUGCCCGGCACGGCCAUUAACGGCACACUGCCCCUGUCGCACAUGUGA